UUGGCAUGAACCAGGCCCAGUAUGCCCAGCAGCUCCUGGCUCAGUGCUCCAGCUGGGUCAGGGGCAGGUGGUGGGGAGGGGGCGGGCCUGCCCCAGACCCUGGCCUCAGCCUUGACUUUUUUUCCUGGAAUGCUGCGUGCCUGAGCCAAGGCCUCCAGCUGGGCGGUCUGGGCGCUAUAAGGGGGUGUCCCGGGGGGCCCGGCUGUAGCACACCUCACCUCUCGCCACCAUGGACCCCUGCCUGCCGGUCUGGGUGCUGUGGCUGCUGCUGCUGCUGCCGCUGCCCACUCCCGGGCUGGCACUGAGUCCCGCACCAGCCCCUGCCACGUCGGAGAAGCUGUGCGGCCACCAGUUGCUGCGUGCCCUGGUGCGUGCAUGCGGGGGCCCGAGCUGGUCCCCCGAAAUCGGCAGGGACAUGGCCACCGGCGGAGACCGUGAGAUGGCGCAGUGGCUACAGGGACAACGCCUCAUCCUCGGGCUGCUGGCGGACCAGGAACCGGCGCAGCCCGCGCUCGAGGCCUCCCGCAGCCGCCGCGAGACCAACCCCGCACGACGGUGCUGUCUUUACGGCUGUACCCUGCAGGAUCUGCUGCUGAUGUGUCCCCACUGACGCCUCCUGGGGUGCAGGCUGGGGGCGGGGUGUGGCAGCGCAAAGUGCAGAUCCACCGGUGUUGGUUUCCUCCCGGAUCGGGGAGCUCA